CGCUUUGCAUCGAGUACACAGUUCCUUCUAUCCCGUCAUUUCAAAUUGCAGUAUAGAGGAUGUGGCGUGUAAGUCUGAUGGUUCGACUCAGCUAGGAACUCCCAGAAAGCCGCAAAACAAAACAAUGGCCGAAAACAAUAGCAGCAGUGGCAUUAAAGUCUUUCUUCAUAUAAAUGGAUCUCCCCAGCAAUCUGAAAAAUAUUCUACCAAUGCCAUUCGAAUCGAUAGAAACAGCCGCUCUGAUGGCCGCGUCGAGUUGAACGUUUUGUUUCCUUCUAUGGUUGGUACCUCAGAAGCACAGCUUGCAGCCGCACUUAUUUCCGACGCGAUUGAGCAGCUCGGUAGAAAUGUGGACGUAGAAAUGAUCCAACUUAGUGGGCUUCGUUUCUCAAAAGGAGGGGUCGAUGGACUCAAAGCCGCUUUGUCUAUCCAUGCUUUCUCAGUGAAGCACGAAGUCUUGACAGACAUCGAUUUUUGCAAAAAGCUGCCCGGCGACCAAGACGCACUUGCUGCUUUUUCGUCAAUCUUCGCUGCUUUUAAGCUGAGUGGACUAAAUUUGAGUGAUAACACAAUUGCGGGGUGUGUUUGGCGCUUUUGGGGGUCACAAUCGAACUUGAAAGAGACAUCAAUAUUGAAAUGGGAAAUGAGAAAUUGCAUGGGUCGGGCGGAAGCUGCAAUCGUAAGCAAAGCCUUACAAUACGAAACGGCACUACCAUGGCAAGGACUGAGAGACAUGGCUCAUGAUACACUGCAUAGUAGCGGUCGCUGUCUUGGACAUCUAGCAAUGGAAGGCUGCAAUCUUGCGUCUGACAACAUUGCAUCGCUUGGGCUUUGCGUACGCGUGGGUCUUGAUGAUCAAAUAAUAAAGUUUGUUUCUCUCAGUUUGGGGAGUACUGGGGACUGCCUCGAAUGGCUUGAUCUGACUGGGAACCAGAUCGGGACUGUUGGUGCGAAGUCGCUGGCGUGUCUAGCCCGUACACCUAAGAUUGCGAAGCGUCUUCAGUAUUUGUCACUGGAAAAUAACCAAAUUGACAAGGCUGGGGCAGUCGAAUUGCUGGACGCAUUUGGACGCAUUGGAUCAAACAAAUUUGAUCUAAACUUAAAGGGCAAUCCAUGUGACAUGGGUGCAGUUGCACUUGAGAUUGCAGCCAGUCAAUGCUAUACGGAGCAGCAAAAUAUUGAUCUACUCAAAGGAAGGGAUGUUUUACGUAACGACAUCCAACAAGCCCAGAAGAACGCACAGAACUAA